AUGACGACCAUCUGCAGGAGUCCGAAACUGCACUUGCAAUUCCACACCUUGGCGGAUCUGCACAGCUUUGCCACCACAAUGAGAGCCUCUGGCCACUCCCUCACCUCCCUUCGCCUGGGGCCCACUCCCACGGAUGCAUCCCACUGGGAAGACCCCUUCUCCGCUGCUCAAUCCAUCCACCUCGUGUUGGACCAGCACAGAGUGCACCUCGUGCGCUCCCUACCUGCCUCUCUCAACUCCCUAUCUGUUUCAGCGCAUUCUCUCGACCUCCACUGUCACUGUGAAGCCCCGCUCUCCCUUGACUUCCUCAUGCUGAUUGGUCGCAAGCGCCUCGUGGUGGCAUCGCUCCCCCUCGCAUCGGCCAAAGACGUCUACCUGAACGCACCAAGCAUGCAAGAGGAGUCAGUCAAUCCUCUCACCAACCCCCCUCACUCCCUCAGCAACCUCUCUCACUCACCUCAGAUUUCUCCAAAUCAGCCUUCCAUCUCCCGAGAACUUCACUCUCCAUCCAUCUCUGAAUCCUCCUUGAUCCGCGUGCUGCAAUCCGUAGCCCCCACAGUGGAGGCACUGAUGGUGCCACACUCGCUGCCGAUAGAGUCAGUGGAGGGCGAGUGGAGGGAGCUACACUGCCUGGCAAUCGGUGUGCGUGGGAGCAAGGCGGGCAGGGGGAGGUGCAAGACAGCAGUGGAGGCAGCAGAGGCUCGUGCGGGCGGCAUCAGCCCGCUGCGGUCUCUCCUGUUCGCCACGCGCCGGUGCAACUCCGACACUCUCGUGUCGCUGCAAGAGGACUUCCCCUCGUUGGAGAUCUACUGCGUUGUUGGCAGGUUGCUCUGCUGGAAGCCCAUUGGCAGCGAGCGGCUCAGUCAGCCCAUCGUGUGUGUGAGUGUGCAUCGGGCUGCUUCAAAUGCUCCGCGGUUUGAGACAACGGAAGGCUCAAGUGGCGAGAUAGAUGUGGGCGACUUUAUGGAUGGCCUUCAGUGCCUCUGA